CUGAUCGUUUUCACCCUUUCCCGGCGUUGAAGGAAAUCCGCCUCGCUUUCUUUUCUUCACUUUCUCUUAAUACAGAACAGCUGGUCUGACUAUCCUUCAUAUUCUCUUAAUUUGAAUCUGGAUCCCUUUUUCCCUGGUGGACGAACGGACCGUGCAAGACACUGUGGCCACGACAAUUCCUCUCGAGGGCCGGAUCAAAGCCAAGUCAACCAUGAAGCUCGCCGCAUUCGCCGCCGCCGCACUUUCGCUGUGCGCCUCGCUUGUCAGCGCCGGCGUCGUGCGCACUCCCAUCCUGCCGGAUCAGGUUGUUCCCAAGACCAAUGGUGACUGCUAUUUUGGGGUGACAACGCCUCAGGGAUGCGGACCUCUCAGGAACAACUGAUAUUACCUCUAACACUGUGGUGCCCUGUUGAAUCACAGGGCACGGAAAGAGUGGGACGCUCGCGGUGCGGGCAGCGGUGUCUUCGAGCACCACCGUCUUAUGGGUCCUUGCAGUGCAAAAAAAAAAGUGGCCGUCGGAGGUUUAAUGUUGUGUUAGAGUUCGGCUUUUGGUUGCGCGGUCGGAGCUCAGGUGAUAUCACAUCAAGCAAACCGAGGGUUCAAUUGUCUGUGGAUGUUGCUGGGGUGGAUUCUCUUCUACAUAUAUAUUAUUCCCUGAGUCUAAUUUGAUGCCCCGGCUCAUCUCUUAA